AAUUGCAAAGUUGAUCUUUGGCAGGAGGGAUGAGGGUCCGUGUAUCUUCUGGUCAUUCGAUGAUGCAGUGAGUUUGUCUUUCGGGAGUUUUUCCGUGCACGCGCUCUACACACUCACAGCGCGUAAAGUCACACACAGACACUGGGUCACGGACGGACUCUCUACUCUUUCAUUCAGCAUUGUGUGAGAGAAGAACAGACUGCUGUGAUGGCGGCGUUGACCGGGGGAGAGAUGUGCGUCAAGUAUCUGAUGUUCGUCUUCAAUUUUAUAUUCUGGAUUGCAGGAACAUGCGUCAUGGCUGUUGGACUCUGGCUGAGGCUUGAUCCCAAGACUAAAAUCUUGUUUGAUGGAGAGGCAUCUUUCAUCUUCUAUACAGGUUUGUACAUUCUCAUUGGGGUCGGUGCGCUGAUUAUGGUCGUUGGUUUUUUUGGAUGUUGUGGCGCAAUCCAGGAAUCCCCUUGCUUGCUUGGACUGUUCUUCUUCUUUCUGUUGGUUAUCUUUGCAGUCGAGGUGGCUGCUGGUAUUUGGGCUUUUUCAAACCAGACCAAGGUUACUCAAGAUGUAACAAAUUUCUACAAGGCAACAUACAAUAAAUACCAAGAAACGAAUGAAGAUGCUCUGAAAGAAACAAUCAUUCUCAUCCAUCAUGGACUUAACUGCUGUGGACCAUUAGGAAACCAGCCGGAAACUCCUGACCAGACCUGCCCUAAAAAAGAGAAGCUCGAUGCUUUCAUUACAAAGAGCUGCCCUGAUGCCAUUGAUGAAUUCCUUAACUCCAAACUUUAUAUUACUGGAAGCAUUGGAAUCGGCAUUGGAGUGAUCAUGCUCUUCGGCAUGAUCUUUAGCAUGAUGCUGUGCUGUGCCAUCCGGAAAACCCGGGAGAUUGUGUGAGGGUCCGCUUGCCUGGGAAACUGCCAGUAUAUUUGUGUUGCAUGAUGUCUGUCCCAAAGCAGCCUGACCUCUUCAGCUAAGAGCCAGUUAGACCACAUCAUCAGGCACACAAUCUCUUCACAACUCUGAUCGACUGGAAUUCACUCUUUUUCUUAGUGCAGCUGUCAGUAAUGAGAGAAAAGGGUUGGUUUAGCAUUCCAAG